AUGGAAUUUAACACAACUUCACCGUUACUGUCAACCGAAGAUCUGAAAUUUGAUUUGGAAUUCGAAUCGGAUAAUGAUUCAGUGACGUCAUCAGGAUAUGAUUCUGGUAAUCCAAAUGCUCCAGAAUAUUGGUCAGAUUCAGAUAAUGAAGAACUAUUUGAUGAUAAUGAUGAUUUAAUGAUAUAUGAAAACAGCAAACCUAUUAUCAACACAAUGGAAUAUAUUUUAUCCAUGCCUUCCUUGUGUGAUGUUAUAUUUAUUGUGGGCGAAGAGAAAACUCAACAAAUGGGAUUGAAAGCCGCAUUGGCCUCUAGAAACAGAUAUUUAUGUAAAUUGAUUAUUGAAGAAGAAAAUAAAAUGAGAGAGGAGGAGAUGAAGAUGGAAAUUAAGAAGAGUAAAUUUUCAGUUUUUAAAAAGAAAACUAAUAAACCUACCCAACAGAAAUUAACGAUAAAUAUUGAACACUACGAUGCUGAAGUAUUUGAUAAAAUUCUCAACUUUUUACAUCUUGGUCAAGUUUGUGUUACACCAGAAACGGUUAUAGGAUUAAUGUGUGCAGCUGAAGAAUUUGAUAUACCAGAGUUACAAAAAGCUUGUUGGGAUUUUUCAUUUCGUUGUCUGGAUAAUGGAAAUGUGGCUACUAUUGUCAACUCAUCUAAACAAUAUCGAAGUAGGUUGGCUGCUCAUAUGUUAACUUCUAAGCUGAUUGAAAUGGCCCACGGUCCAAGAACUACUUCUGUUUGA